CAAGAGCUCAGUGCAAGAUUUUUUGCGAGUUUUUUUAUUGAGAAGAGGCACGACAAAACUAGAAGCAGUCAGUACAAUAGUCAACUUUAGUCAAGUUUCACGUCAUCAUUAACGGAGGCGGUCCAGGCGGAUUGUUUUACCCCGCUUAUCGUGAACCACCAACGAGACUGAGUCAUCAAGUUGUAUUCACUCACUCUUCGUCACUUAUUAAUUUCAUUUAAAAGCAAGCAGUCCGCAUCGAAACUUGUGUGUCAGUGUUUUGUGCUAAAUCUUCAAAAUGAAUCCGUACCAGCAAGGUCAGUCGGGAUACCCUCAACAGCAGUAUAUGCACAAUAUUGGAUUCGGCAACAGGGCCCCGCAGUCCUUUGGCAAUCCGAUGCCGAUGCCGGGACUUCCAACUAUGGGUUACCCGCCGGCACAGCCCGGUUAUACCGGCGCUUACCCUCAGGCGAGUCCUGGUUAUCCUCAACCGAAUUCAGGGUACCCACAGCCUUCUGGUUAUCCGCAACCUAGCCCCGGGUACCCAAAUCAACCUGGGCCAGGGUACCCGAGUCAAACUUACCCCCAUCAGGCUCAUUCUAACCCUGCUCAAAGUUACCCAACUCAAUCGUACCCAUCUGCUCAACCGGGGUAUCCACAAGCCAGUGCGGGCUAUCCACAAGCUAACCAAAGCUAUGGGCAGCAAAACCAGUAUCAAGGCUACCCGCAAAGCCAGCAGUGUGUUCAAAGUCAAGCUUACAGUGCCACUGCUUCUGUGCCUAGUACACCAAAGUCCAAACCCACCGUGGUCCCGGUGAACCCGUUCGACCCCCGCGAAGAUGCGGCGGUCCUCCGCAAGGCUAUGAAAGGCUUUGGGACUGAUGAAAAGGCCAUCAUUCAAGUCCUGACGAGACGCAGCAAUGAACAACGCCUGAGGAUCGCGUUCGAGUUCAAAACUCUUUAUGGAAAGGACUUAGUAUCAGACCUGAAGAGCGAAACCAGUGGGAAAUUCGAAGACCUGCUCGUGGCUCUGAUGACGCCACUUCCUCAGUUCUACGCUAAGGAACUCCACGAUGCCACAGCUGGGAUCGGAACCGACGAAGAUGUGCUCAUUGAGGUCAUGUGCACCAUGUCCAACCAUGAGAUCCAGGUCAUCAAGCAGGCGUAUACAGCUAUGUAUGGUACGUUCUUGGAGGACGACUUACGAGGCGACACUUCGGGCAACUUCAAGAGGCUGAUGACGUCACUAGUCGUGGGUAACAGAGCCGAAGAUUUCCACGUGGACCAAGAGAAGGCCAGGGAAGACGCCAGAAGCUUGCUUCAAGCUGGUGAACUCCGCCUAGGCACAGACGAGUCGGUGUUCAACGCGAUCCUGUGCUCUCGCUCCUUCCCUCAACUGGCGGCCAUUUUCCAAGAGUACCACUACCUCACCGGCCACGACAUCGAUGACGCCAUCAAGUCCGAGUUCUCGGGAGACAUCGAGAAGGCUCUGAGAGCUAUCGUGAAAGUGGUCCGCAACAAGCCGUUAUUCUUCGCGGAACGCCUGCACAAAUCCAUGAAGGGUCUUGGUACAAACGACCGUCAACUCAUCCGUAUUAUGGUGACGCGCUGCGAGCUGGAUCUUGGAGACAUCUCGGAUAUGUUCCAGAACAAGUACGGAGAGACGCUGCAGAGCUGGAUAGAGGGCGACUGCUCCGGUCACUACAAGAAGUGUUUGCUGGGUCUACUCGGAUUAUACUAAUUUGGAUCAAAAACAAAAACAACUCGCAUUUGGGGUAAACCCUGCCAUCUUUUUGUAUUUAUUUGCAAAUUUUUACAAGUAAUUUUGUUCUGUGUUGAAAUGAUUUCACAAUUUACCAUCUAAUCGAUUUAUUAUUGUGAAGUUUAUUCGCCAUGGUUAAAUUACUUGUUCAUAAGUAGAUGAUUAAGAGAUUUUGAAUAGGUACUAUUUUUGUCUGACAUUACAUACAUAAGUAUUCAUGGUGAUAGCAAACACAUAGACAUUGGUUCCAUGCUUAUGCUCUUUUAAAGCCGUCCGCUUGAUCUGAUGUCAAAGUCUCAAUAUAAAUUAGAAAUUUAUCGAUUAUUGAUUAAUAUAUUGAUUUUUAUAACUAUUUAUAGAGAAGUUAAACUUCUGUUCCAAGAAAAUUAUACUUGUUUCAAUCGAAUAUUUACUGAGUAAACUUAUUUCGUAAGUGCUCAAAAAUCUCAUUACAUGUAUUUUAAAUACUUUUUAAGAUGUUUAGUUUACUAUAAGUUUUUAAUUGAUAGAAAUUAGGUUUGAUUGAAAAAUGAUUGCAUAAUAUUCUACAAAUUAGUGUCCCAUAAAUUCGUGGACAGCAAAAGCCACUAUUUAAAAUGACAACUCGAUUUUAAAGCAAUCACAAAACGAAAUAUUGGAAAAAAAUUUCAUCAUGAAUCAUUUAAUAAAAAUAAUGUCUUCUCUAUUACUCGAAUAGAAAAAACAAACGUACAGUCGUAAAGAAUAUUCUCUGACUGUAUAUGACUGGAUGAUGAAUGUAAUUUUACUUCAUUAUUAUGUUUCUCUGCUAGAUAUACAAGAGAAUCCUUCUGUUCUCAAACCGUUUUUUAUUACUCUAUCUUACUUCACAAUGUUAGAGAAAGUAUCUAGAAAUAAAUCGAACACUUGCUUAAAGUGCCUUCUAUGUACAAAAACUGACUGAAAAAAGUUACUACUAUUAGUCUUGUGUGAUUAAAAAAACAUUAUUUCACGCAUUAUACUUUAAUUACAUAGAUCUGACAAAAAAAGUCUACUGAGAAGAAAAUAAAAAUGAAAAAAGUAUAAAAACGAAGUGAUUUAAAUAAAAUCUUUUUGUGUAUUAAAGUAAUUUUGUUUCUCAAUUCAUUGCAUUUACGGGCUAACAGUUUGUUGUAUUUUUAAUCAGUUAUCUGUUUUUAUAAUACUCACACUAGAGAUGGGUUAUACUAGGUAAAUUUGAUACUAGGUGCACCUAUUCCAAGUAUUUAUUAAUACGUGAUCCAAAUACCUGUUCCACUUAGUACGUAGUAAUUUACCAUACUUGACGCGACUAGUGCGGAGUGCGGACUAAUCCACGUAUUAUGACUUUAAAAUACAAUUUUCUUUGAAAAGAUACAACCGUAGUAUUAAUAAUGCAAUUUGAAAUUGAAUAACUUGUAGAAUAGAAUGUUUCUUCUAUAAAAAAUAAACACUUCAAAAAUCGGACGUGUGACGGCUCAUGUCAAACUGAGAGUGUUCCAUUUCAACAUUUUUUCACAUCGCUCACAAAACGCUUACAGAUUAAAGAAAUAUCACAGAUAUCGCUAAAUUUAUCAACGUUGAUGUCAAAAAUAGCAAAUCUCCAUACAUGUAAAGGAACACGCCUAAAUUGACAAAGAAACACAGACAAAAAAUCUUGGUGACAAAACUCCCCAUGGGUCAUCUACUACCAAAAAUUUCUGGGAACUUUUGUCACCACCGGUAUUUUAGCGGGUAACUUCUCAGAAACAGGAGUUAAAUUCUAUCUAAUCAACACUCGAAAACUAUUCCAAUUUAAUCUAAUUAUCAAAUUACUAUUUCAAUACAAAUUAUGCAAUUAUCACGGACGCGUGACAACAAACCAAAACAAACCUGUCGGAAGAAUAAAAACUGGUUUUUUACCGGCUAGUCAACAAGGAGUGAGCUGGAUGAGAGAGAACAAAAAUUAAAAUAUUCAAAACCUUACCUGUGUACAAAUAGAGUUUAAAUUACGUAAUACAUCAAACACCUAUUCCUAUCUCACACCUGCCUGCGCUCAAAUUUGUUUGUCAGACAGAGACGGAGUGAAUCUCUACGUUCGCACAUAAGCUUAGCGAGAAAUACGCGGUGCACGUAAUACACGACUACGGAUUAUGCAAUAAUAACCUCUAUUACUUUGAUGGUAGGGUCGGAAAUCGUGUAAUUUAAAAAAUACUUAGCGAGAAAUACGCGGUGCGUGUAAUACACGACUACGUAUUAUGCAAUAAUAACCUCUAUUACUUUGAUGGUAGGGUCGGAAAUCGUGUAAUUUAAAAAAUACUAGGUGGAUCAAGUAUUUUAAAAAUUGGAAUAGGUGCCACUUAGUACUGUAAAAUACCUAGUGUGUGGAUCUGUUCUAGUAAAUACGUCUCAUCUCUAACUCACACCUUCUUAUUCAUAAAGAAAGACACUGGCAAUUCUCGUUUAUAUCAACGUUUAGAAAUAUUGACAAAGUUAUAAAUAAUAAUAUUUUUAAAAAUAAAUAUUGACAAAGGUUUAAAAAAAAGACCAAACAUAUUUGACAUCUAAUUAAUUUUUUUUAUGAAUAAGAAGCUUAAACCAUUAAUUCCAGUGUUGUAAUGUUAACAUUUUAUUAUAGUUUGGUUUAACUUUAAAUCAGAAUUUAUCGCUAGAAUAAUCAGAACUUCCCACCAAAGUCCCAAUUUAAGAAUAAAAAUCUUUUAAGUAUGUAUGUUACACGUGUUCUUCUUACUGUAAUGAUUGAAGGCAAGCCAAUAACUUUUCUUAUACUAAAAUGUUUAUGAAAUAAAAUUUAUUACAAAUAAACUUGAAAUGAGACUUAAUGUCACGUUGCCUUAUUUAUCUGCCUCAUAUUCAAUAAUGUUAAAACAUUAAAAAAUAAUACAUUACAUUAACUUACUUUGUUUACAACGGGCACCAAAAUAAAACUUGUUUAGAAUUGCCCAUUGUAUAAUCCAAUUGUAAUUGGAGACGUAUUUUUGAAGCAUUAGAAAUUAAAUUCGUUUGCAAAAUUGUACUCAUACCUACAAAUCAUUAUAACUUUCUGAACAUUAUAAGAUCAUUGUAUAAUUUGUCUAAAAAAACUGAUUCUAUCGGUUGGCCUAGAUUGUAAUAUACAAAAAUACUAAACGAAUUUGAAUUAUAUGGCUUGAACAAUACGCCUUUCUUUAUAGUAUUGUACUGAUUUAAGUUAGGGUGCUAAAAAUGCCUAUAUUUGUGUCAAUCGAAUUUUAGAUGUUACUGAACUAAAAAGUACAUAAAUUCUUAUGAAUCUGAACGUUCAGUAUAAGCCAAGUACAUACGAUAUAAAAUUAUAAACAUAUUAUUAUAUUCUCUAAAUAGUUCCUUUCUCUUGAAAGAACAUCGCUUUUUUACAUUUGUAAGAACUGCUUUGAUAUAAUUUUCUUUUAAUGAUAAUAUUUUCUAUAAAACAGCUGUUUAAUGUCUUUGUUGUAGCAAAAAUAAUAUUUUAAAAUAGCGUAAGAAUUUUGCAAUUAUUGUGUAAGUUAUGCCACAUUUUCUAUCUGGAAAAACCACAUUUUACUUUUUCUGUCUUUUAAGCAGUUAAUUUUCUUAUGUGGUCAAUAUUGCAGAUGUUAAAGUAUGAAUUUUACACUUACAUUAUAUUUUUAUCGAUGUUCUUACUUGGUGUAAUAAAUUAUGAUUAUUAUAAAUUA